AUGAACGCGAGGAUGAGAAACCCAAAACUUGUUCCUUUCCACCUCACUCUCGUCAUCUAUCUCUGUUCCUUGCCUUCGCUCGUCUCCGCUAUCUACUCAUACCCUCAUCCCUCCAUCUACCCCCCAAUCCUCUCACAAUCCAACAUCAACCUCAACACCACCCUUCUCCAACCCAACCAAACCACCCCCCACCCGAACCCUUUACCAACCGUCCCCGACCUCGACUGUUUCAACACCACCAGCCACCUCGCCUACCCUCUCGACCCUGAAGACUGCCUAAAAGCCAUCGAUCUCAUCCUCCACGACCCCCGCGGCGUCAUGACGCCCCACACCUACUCCUGGCACGCGCGCGAACCCGGCAGCUUCUGGAUCCCCGCCGACUGGCACGACCUUCGGUGUCAGAUCCUGCUGACGACGGGGGUACCGGACGCGGUGGACGAGUUCCGAUUGGUGGAGGUGAUAGUGGCGGCGCAGAGGAUCUUGGACGACUGCGUGCCGAUGUCGAAGACGAGUCUGGGGGGACUGUCGCUGGUGGGGAAUAUGAAGGGGUUGUUUGUUGCGGUCAAUGGACCGGCGCCUGGGGGGGCGAGCAGUGGGAUGGGGAGGAUGUUGUGA